AUGUACACAGAGGGUAGGAUCAAGUCUCUAGGGGCCCAGCCAAGUCCUGGCCUAAAAACUGUCAGAAAGAGUGCUGGUGUUGAGCCUGCAGUAUUAGGAAUGAACCAGGCCGUGUUUCCAGAUGCUACAGAAAUGGGCAGUGGGAAGGAGCCCUCACCGGCCUCAGAAAGGCCAGAGAAGAGGCCUGGACACAGAGAAGCAUCUGAGAAGGGGCCUCCGGAGCUCAGGACCCAAGAACAGGAUCAUCUGGCAGACCCAGGGGAGAAGCUGUCAUCUUGGGCCCCCCAGGAAGGGCCUGAGGAGCUGCAAGUAGGCCAGGACCAGGUCAAGCCAGGCAAUGAGCUGGGAGUGCUGCCUUCCCGGGUCCCUGCAGCAUCUGAAGGGCUGCAGCAGCAGGGCUCGGGGAAGAUCGAGGACCUGCAAGAGAGACAUCAGAACCCAGGCACAGUGGAGGAUCAGGCCCCCAAGAGGCGUCAGCCCACCCCAGGUCACCAGGCAGCAAAUGAGUCAGAUAUAGUGCAGACAACAGAGCCUUCCUUCACCCUGGACAGUUGUGGACAGCACAUGGAAGACAAGCCCCCCAAGGAGGCAGGCACCUCACACAUUAGGCCACAGGGUGCCCUGCCAGGGCCUGGCCCAGGGGGAGAUAAAGACCGUUCCCAGGAAGCAAUGCCCCUACUGCCCACAACAACUCCAGAGGAAAAGACUGACAAGUCCUUCCUGCCAUCCACGCCAGGACCUUACACACCCCAAGAAGGGGUCAAGGCUGUGGAGACCAAUCCAGCACCAGGGCCUGUUCCUCCACCAGAGGUGAGGGACACUGAAGAGAGAAGGGAGCUGGACUGUGCCCUGAAGCAGCCUCAGGGGCCCACAGUGACCCAGAACCUUGGGAACACCUGUCAGGGCUUCAUAAAGUGCUUGCUGGAGGUGGAGGAAGAGGAGGCCAUGCAUCGGAGGGCCACUAAGGUCCGGGCCCUGCCAAACCGGAAGUACCCCAGGACCCUGACCCCUGUGCCCAUCUCAGCCCCAGUUGGCACCUCAGUCUCAAGCCUGCCUCAGACCCCUGCCUCGGCCCCUGCCAUGACUCCACCCUGGGCCCGGUCACCGGCCCCUGGGCCAAUCCCUGCCCCUGUGGGAGUCCCUGCCCCAGCCUCUGUACCUGUCACCGUCCUGCCAGUGCCCGCCCCGGACCGGGGCUGGAGAAAGACAGUACUCUGGAACCAGAGCGGCGAGAGAGGCCUGAGCCACCCCAAGACACGGCUGCAGCUGGAAGAACGCUGCCUCCUGAACCUGUAUCAGAACUGGGAGGAGCGGGCCGAGGAGCACCUCACCCUGAAGCAGGAGGAAGCCUUCCACAGUUACUUUGAGAUCUUCAAUGGCCAUGGUGAGGUGGAUGCACGCAGCCUGGAGAACGUCCUGCUCCUUGUGGGCAUCUCCCUGACACCAGCCCAGAUGGAGGAUGCCCUGAUGAGCGCGGACAUUGAUGGAGAUGGUCGUGUGGGCUUCAAAGACUUCUUGGCUGUAAUGACAGACACCAAGCGCUUCUUCUGCUCCGUGGAACAGAAUGUCCAGACGGACAUGGCUCCCCCAAAUCCCCACACUCUGCUCUUUGAGAUCCUGUCCCUGCUGGUGGAGAUGCUCGCCUUACCUGAGGCAGCCUUAGAGGAGAUCACCAACUAUUACCAGAAGAAGCUGAAGGAAGGUACCUAUAAGGCUCGAGAGAUGGAAUCGGCCAUAGGCCAGCUGCGGUCCCGGAAGAAGCUUUCCUACAACCCACAGCAGGCAGACACCUUGGAAGUCCCAGAACGAAGGGUCCUCAGGAUCCUGAGCCGGCUGAAGCAGCAGAACUAUGCUGCCAAUCUGCAGAGCCCCUACGCCCAAGUGCCCUGCAUCCCACUCUGCCCAAAGCUGGACAAGAAGAUGGUCAGCCGGAAGCAUAGCAGCCACUACAUGCUGUACCAGUGCACCCCCACCAGCCCGAGCUCUGACAUCCAUAGCCUCUUCUUACAAUCAGGAUCGCAAGGAAGCAGGGAACACAGCUCUGACAGCCGAAAGUGGCCAAGCUCUGUGCCGGCUCGAAACCACUGA